AUGACAGUGGUUGCAAACACCAAGAAUGUGUUGGUCCCACAAAGACCAGCCACUGGAUGGCGAGUGUGCAUGGACUACAGGAAGUUGAACAAGUGGACCUUGAAGGAUCACUUCCCAAUGUCAUUCAUGGACCAGAUGCUUGACAGGUUGGAUGGAAAAGGGUGGUAUUGUUUCUUAGAUGGAUACUCUGGCUACAACAACAUAUCAAUUGCUCCUGAAGAUCAGGAAAAGACCACAUUUACAUGUCCUUAUGGCACCUUUGAGUUUAAACGCAUGCCAUUUGGACUAUGUAAUGCACUAGCAACUUUUCUGAGGUGUAUGAUGUCUAUCUUCUCGGACAUGGUGGAAGACACUCUGGAGAUAUUCAUGGAUGACUUUUCGAUGGUAGGUGAUACUUUUGAUGACUGUUUACUCAAUCUUAGCAGGGCUUUACAGAGAUGUGAGGAGGCUAACCUAGGGCUGAAUUGGGAGAAGUGCCAUUUUAUGGUCAAGGAAGGCAUAGUCCUUGGUCACAAGGUCUCACAAAAGGGGUUAACGUUGACAAAGACAAAAUUGAGGCGUUUCAUCAAGGACUUCUCAAAAAUUGCACACCCCUUGUGCAAGAUUUUGGAGAAGGAGGUGAAAUUUGCUUUUGAUGAAGCAUGUCUAAGAGCCUUUGAAUGCCUGAAGGAAAAGCUAAUUUCUUCCCCAGUGAUCAUUGGCCCAGAUUGGGCUGAGCCAUUUGAGAUAAUGUGCGAUGCUAGUGAGUUUGAUCUUGAGGUUGAGGAUAGGAGAGGUUGUGAAAACCAGGUGGCUGAUCACCUGUCUAGGUUGGAGGCUGAAAAGAGAGAAAAACUUGAGCUCGAAAUCAAUGAUUCAUUCCCGGAUAAGCAGGUAUUAGCUGCUACUCUUGAUCUUAUUCCUUGGUUUGAUGAUUUUGCUAACUUCCUUAUUAGUGACUUGAUGCUUGAGGGGCUCACAUUUCAGCAAAGAAAGAGGUUCCUGCAUGUUGUGGGUAAGUAUUUUUGGGAUGAACCUUAUUUGUACAGGGUGUGUACUGAUAAUAUCAUCAGGCGAUGCAUCCCUGAAGUUGAGAUGUUGCACAUUCUAGAGGCUUGUCACUCCUCUCCAGUAGGUGGCCAUCAUGGAGGUGCUCGAACAGCCCAAAAGGUACUUCAGUGUGGGUACUACUGGCCCACAAUUCAUCAAGAUGCGAUGGACAUAAUAAGAUGUUGUGAUGUGUGCCAGCGGCAAAAAGCCAUCUCUCGGCACCAUGAGUUAUCCAUGACACCUAUUCUGGAGGUGGAGCUAUUUAAUGUGUGGGGAGUUGAUUUCAUGGGCCCAUUUGUGGGCUCCUAUGGGCAAAAGUAUAUAUUGGUGGCAUUGGACUGUGUGUCCAAAUGGGUUGAGGCAGUUGUUUUUCCUGAGAAUGAUGCUAACAAUGUUGUUGGCUUUCUGAAGAAGAAUAUCUUCUCAAGGUUUGGCACACCCAGAGCUAUUAUCAGUGAUGACGGUUCUCAUUUUUGCAACAAGGUUUUGAAGAAGUUGAAUAUUAGUUGGAGUGAAACGACAAACCUGAGAUUGGAUCAGAUCAAUGAGAUGAAUGAGUUCUGUUUAAGAGCAUAUAAGAGACUUCGUCUAUUUCCGAGGAAGUUGAGAUCCAAAUGGUCUGGACCUUUUAGAGUAACUCAGGUGUUCCAGUCGGGUGCUAUUGAGCUUGAUAGUGACAAGGGUGAGAGGUUCAAGGCCAAUGGUCAGCAAAUCAAGGCAUACUUGGGUGUUCCAGAAGAAGUGAAGAUAGUGGAGGAAUGUAAACUUGAUGAAGUAGUCACUGUGUUGAGGUGUGCAAGAAGGAUUUGGACUGAGAAUUGCAGAACUGAGUGCAGACCACUCUUCACGAGCAGUCCCACGGGUCGUGGUGCCCUUCAUGGGCAACUUCAGGGCCCAUCCUCAACAGCAGCCAAAGGAGGCUACUAG